AGUUAAAACGCACCUCGCAUGCAUGCACGCCGUGUUUUACGUCCGGCAUGUACGCGCACCAUUGUAAUUUAUGCAUUCAACAUUGAAUUGUGGUCAUUAAAAUUUGAACUGUUUUGGCCACAACACAUCCAUCAAAAUCUAGGUGCGUCUGUGCAGUAACCUUGCGCUCUACAGAGUUGACGAAUCAGAUUAGACAUAGGCCUAAUUGGGAAUCGUCGGUGGCCUUACAGGUCCUUUUUCUUCACAAAGAUGCUUACACUAUGUUUAUAGCCUAUUUUAAAAGCCGUAUGAAGUGCUCUAUAGAGGCUUUGCGUAGCAGCCAUCUUUCAGGACAGUUGUUUUGUUCUACAGGAAAACCUCCUUUGUGCAUACCCUGUGGAACCAAAGCACCGGCCUGCAAGAUGGCAGCCAUGUCAACCCCCCGUGCUUAUAUACGUUUGCAUGUGACGCGGCUGACUCUCUGCAACCGUUUGGCCAUCCUUUCUUUUAUAUGGCUCUUUUGCCCAGUGCAGUAAUACAGCGAGCCCCUUUUACGGUCACUGUGGCAACGGAAAAUUACAAAAUUUGUCGCGGCUGUCAGGGGCGCUGAAGCGCACACAAGAAGCACGGCGUGUUCUCUCGCAGAUGUUUCCGGAUCCACCGUGUGACUGAACUCUCAAGCCUCUGCUGCGUCAGAUGGCAAGUCAAACGGAAGUUGUCUCUCUUUACACCUGCGCGACGGCUUGCUUGCGAGCUUGCUGUUUAGUGAAUCCGUCGGGGAAGGGGUCUGGCGCAGACAAUUUCUGUAGACUUCAAUAACUCACGCAGGAAUACAUUUUGACGUUAUACCCAGUUCCUGCCUCGAGCGGGUAGUGACCACAGGCCAAAAGGAUCGGGUGGAACGACUUCGUUAAAACGACGGAGACACGAAUCCGAACGAUUCCCGACUCCAGGCAGUGCAGUGGAACUAGUACGGACAAAAACCGGACGGCCAGAAGCUGAUGCAUUUUCUUGAGUACAUGGAGGCCUAUAGUUGUUAAAAGUUGCUGUGUGUGGUUUAGAACCAAGACUAUUAAUUCUAAGACACUGAUACUGCCACACUGAUUUGUGAACGCCAUAGUCUCAGUACCAAGAGUAGAGGUCACUCAGCAGCCCAACCUACCUCAGGCUAAGUUAUCUCGUCGAACAGCAGAUAAUGAACUAUGUUGUGAGUUUACGAUGAACACCUAGAUAACCGGAAAUCCAAGAUGGCGGCGGAGAUCAAUCGGCCUAUCUUGAAGGGACCGAGAGUUAUCCCCCCGCGGCUCACCACCAAGAGUUCGACAGAUUUAUUGCCGCUGGAAAUGAGACUAGGCACAAGCAAAGAAGCGCAACCGGCAGCCAUUCUGAAAAAGAAACUAGUGCAGAAACUAGACCUUCCUGCGCCGCCGCAGGUGAGACGGAAGUCGUUCACGGACGUUGAUGAUAAGAAGAGAAUGGCAGCACUGGAGCGGACAGAGCAAGUCGCGGCUAGCCUGCUGUAUGCUCAGUGUCAGUUGAAUGGAGACGAAGCAGUUGCUCUCAUAGACACAGGACAGAUGGAUUCAACCAUACCACGUGGUAUCGCACAGGCAUAUGGGUUAAUUGGCGUAGACGGCAAGGAGAUCAUUAAACCUACCAACGGAGCCACGCACAAGAGCAUGGAGAUACAGACAGAUGAUUGCAGAGUUAGUACUCAGCUUCGACUUGGAAGGGCGCCAUUGGAAUGUCACCUUACCAUCGUGCCUGAUAAUACCGCCGUGCUUUUAACAAUCGGGAUGGAUAUCUUACAUCGACUUAAGUGCAUUUUAGACGUCUCUUCCCGUGUUCUGUAUCUAGACGGCCUGUCGGGCGAUGCCAAGCAGCUCCUAACCCACGAUGAAGUCUUUGGCGACACCAGACUUGUUCGCUCGCAGUCAUCGACAUUGUGAAGCGUGGUUAGCCAAGUUCAUCAUCGGCAACACAUCCAUAGCCAUCUUACACUGCGUUUAGCUGAUCGAACUUAAACACGUAGGCAGAAAUAUAGACAGGCUUUUUUCAAUUCAUUUGUUGUCAGUUGAUCUCAUCCCGAUUUGACUACAUGUUUUCAAGUACACAUAAUGCACUGAGGGAUGACACUAGACCCUUCAUCUGAUACAUCGCAACUGCACUUUUUGCCAGAUUGGCAAACUAUAACAGCUGUGAGCACAUAGCUCAAAGGGUAAUUCACAAAGUGUUGAAAAGUCUGCCAGGCUUGUUAAAAAAACAAAUAUUAUCACUUUAUACUACGCGCAAGUUGUGGCAAAAGCUGUCGCCAACCACCGAUGAAACUUUCACGAAAACGUUAGCUUCCCUUUACAGUAUGGUGGUCAGUGUUGGUAAACAAACGAAAGGUCAACACGAAGUAGGGCACGCUCUUGGAGUUGUACGGCGCCCUUGAAUAUAUUUUAGAGUAGAGACCGCCAGAGGGGGUGCAUCAUAUCUAGCACCCCCUCUACAUAUUCAGAAAACAGAGGAGUAAUCUGUGGCCGGAACGAGCUUUGAACAUUAAGAUACGUGUCUCAUUAAUUCUCAAAUUCAACGUUACAGUGUCAUUUGAAGGUGAGAAGAAAGGCUCCCGUUCAACUAGUCGGUCCAGAAGGACCUACAUUAGUGGUGGUUAAUUGUAACAGGGAAUUUUGAAAAGGCAAGGAGUAAUCAUGUGAAGCAUUUGAAGUGUAAAAGCCGACCUGGAUGACUUACCCUUAGUUUAUACUGACCAGAUGAACAGAUUGUGUUUUCUUAAUCCUGAAUUUGGCAGUUAGUUUUUGUCUUUGACGAGGGAAUACCCUCGAAUCGUGUGGCAGUCAUUACACCGCACCAUCUGCACUUUGUGGAAAACAGCUUUUUGCAAAGGCGCCCUCAAUCCGGAAUGCCUGUCACAGUUAUUUUGUGCGCAGAGCUAUGGUUGCUCGCUGUCCUUGUAUAUCCACACAUAUGCAUUCUGGGGGCUAGUUUCAUAAUGCUCGCGGAAGUGUUGACCAGUGGUAUUGUUCGCAUGAACUCUUUCCAUGACAAAAUAAGUACGUCAAGUAUUUUCCUUUCCUAGGGCCGUAGGGGAAGAGCAGUGAUCUCUAUACACUUGAUAGGCAGCUCGGCAGUAACUGCCUAUGUGUGAAUUGAAGUGACCGCGCGACCAUCUUAUGCUCUCCAACUUCAGUCCAUUCAUUAGGUGCAUCCAUGCACGGCGCUAAAGCCAGUGAGUCGGAAACUGCCAUUGCAUUGAAUAGCCUAAGAAGGCCUCGCAUUCACUUCAAGUCGCAGAGCAGAGCUGCCUAUCCAGUGUAUAGAGAUCAGUGGGGAAGAGCUACAACGUUUACCUGUAAACACCACGGCCUAUUCUCGACUCUUGGUGGCGGCAAAUGAGCCACUUUCCCGCUCAUAGUUUCCUCCCUGCUCGAGGGUGCUACUGACCCCUAACUAUUCCUCACAAAAGCUUUGAAACAACGUUACAAACUGUAAGAGGGUAUAUCAAUGCACGUUACCAAUUUGUUUCUUGUCAGUUGUAAACCUGUAAGAACACUUGGAGCUAGAAGAAAUUAUAAGCCAUCCGGCAGCUGAGCCUAUAAAGCAUUGUGGUUUGUGAAUAUUUUCACUACAAGAAUAAAUAAUAUUGAGCACAAACUUUGUACAAUUAGGAAUUUAAUGACGUCCUACUUAAGUAUUUUAACCGAUAGACAGAGUGUCGUACAGAUCAGAAAAAUAGGAAAGGAAGAACACGGUAUUGAGGAAUUAUUCCCAAACGCAUAAAGAGAGACAGUGAAGCUAUCCCGGGCGAUGCGGUAUAUAUCCCCACACACUUUUUGGACUGGGCAAGUGAGUAAUUUGAUCAUCCCCUGCUUUUCCAUCGUGAGUAAAAAGGUUGAUUUUGAGUUAUUUUUCCAAAGUCCCAACAACCCAAUACUGAAAAAAGUGAGAACAAGUACAACAGCUUUAUAUAUGCCGUUUCGAUAUAAGAUUGAUGGGUGUAGGUACACAUAAGAUGUGCAUGUGUUUCGCGUGGUGUCCAGACCCCCCCCCUUUCGAAUUUCCACGGCUGUAAAGUUUGCGUGUAAGCCAUCCCCCAUUCCCCAUGGUUCCCGGCACAGAUUUGCGCCACUGCAUUCUACAGCGACUUGUAAUAUUGUGUAUCAUAAAGCUUUUGCCUCAAAAAGCUUGCCUAAUAAUGAUAAUGGCAUGAUUCGUCUUGCUUUUAAAAAUAUUUUUCAUCGAGACUUUGAUUUUGAUUUUUUUUAUCCCUACACGUACGGAUCCGGAGAGGUUUGGAGGUCACGUCCCCCUUCGCUGAAAAAAAGAAUAAAAACACUAUUAAAAUAACUACAAAUAAAUGAAAUAAUAAUAAAUAUAGAAAGGAUGACAACCUGUAAGGAUUGUUAUAUGUAUUGUACAUCAGUAACAAUAUAAUGCAUCUCUUCCCCGUCCGCAAAAAUCAUGCGUACAAAAAUCUUAGGGGCUUAGGAAAUCAUGCCAAAAAAUUGUGGGGGCUUGAAUCCCCGGGAAGUAUUCCUGGCUCCGCCCUUGCUUUAAUUUGUACUCAUUCAUUGGAGCACCAUGAAGCUGAUCUGUAAUUUGCCUUAUUGUAUCUCCUUCCAUUGAGUUUGUACACCACUGAAGUUUAUAGACAAUAUUUGCAGAGACCAGUUUGCUUGUGAUCAAAUCGACUCGUGAAAUAGGGGAACAAUGAGUGCCCGUGCAACGAAUACGGCGCCUAUUGCUGCAAUGGCCCCAACUCAUGACGAAGGUAACCAAGAAUGAACAUUCAUAACCCCUCGAAUAUAAAGGCUGCACAAGCCGCACACGCACGAUGCUUUAGAAAACAGAACCGUUAUUCUAGCAGUUUUGAAAAUAAUCGGUGCUAGUUUUUGAAGUUGUGAAAUUUAAUUUUCUGGAAUUGUGUUACAAAAUAAAAAUCACAGGUGCUGUAAAUAGUAUCAAAUGCUCCAUCUAGUCGUGCGUUUAUGGGUGGUUCAAAUGUACUAUAUAUAGUCUGAGUAUCACCCAUUAAUGAUUCUGUUAAUGAUUCUACUCCGCCGAGAAUUGUCUGCAAGCAAGCGUCUAUUAAACAGACACUAAACGCACUAAUACCGGCAAACGAAAGCAUUUACAGGCAUGAUGACCAUGGUGGGCACACAUCUUAAAAAAAGUUAUUGAACCGCGAUUGUUUUGAGCUAAAGGAAAUCGCAUACGAACAAAAGAAUCCAGAAGUUUUGGAUAUCCAGAAAAGUAGUUCAAAAUAUAAUACAUCACGUAGUGGUAUCCGUAUUGGAUAUUUCGAAUUAUUCGAAUGAAGAACACGUGACUGGGCUUGUCCAGGUCGGGGAGUACUGUUUUAUUGUCUUGUCUCCACAAUUUGGUAUAUGUACAAAAAAGUCUCAAAUGUUGUACACACUCGCCCUGACCAUUACAUCUACUACAUUUCUUCAUAUCAUUAUUCCCCGGGCGAACUUAUCGUUAAAAUGAACUCUUCGUUUCAAACUAGCCUUGGAGGUUUUCAGUUCUUUCCUAAUAUAAUUAAGCCAUAUCAUCCGGAUGGUUAGCAUUGCUGCUUUAUUGAUAUUAUUCGCCGAUAUGUACAUGUGACCAGAUGCGUUUAGUCCCAACCUUAUGCGUAUAAAAAGGUUUCCUGCAGCGUUUGUUUGGAAAACAAAACUGAUGUCAGACAGUUCAAGUCUUGCUUAUAUCAGAAUAAAGAUUCACGUUUCAGUUAUUUUGCUUGCCCUGUAGUUUUUGCACAGUGACCUUUGUCAUUCUUUGCGAAGGAAUAAGACCCUUGUUCACUGUGCCAAGAAUAUCAGAGAAUAACGAGGGUGCAUUUGUGCUACUGACGCGAACGACUGACGAUUGAAACUACAUUUAGUUUCUGCUCCUGUGCACAAGGUGCACAGUGUGUAAUGAUAGCGCCUUUAGGGUGUUAUUAUUCUGUGAAUAAUGACCACGCUCCGGCUGUCAGAGAACCCAUGGCAACAGUCAACAGAAAAUGUACAAGUCAUCUACAACAUCUGGCAAAUGACCUCUCUUGACAACGAAUUUCACUCAAAAAAGUGACAUGAUUUCUGGACAGCCAAUCCGCAAUUACCAAAGAUCAAUGUUUGCACUUUAAAACAUGGACUUGUGUUAUUAGUUCUAAUGUACAUGCACGAUGCGGCCAUAUUUAGUUUCAGAUGCAGUCCAGUAUUAUUGAUAUUACGUCAUAAUUAUUCAAGCUAUUAUUUACAAAAAAAUACAGUCUUUUUAACUGCAAAAAUAUCCCUGAAAUACGUAAUGCUGUUCCAUUAAUCCUCAGUUUCUGUGUGUGAGGAUUUAUUCUAAAACUAUAAAUUCUACAAAAGUCCCCUGUCUACGCAAGAAAAUUUAAAAACAGCUUUUAACAUUACGAACUAUACACUUGUUGUCAUGUGUAAUAAAGACGCCAAUAUCGAAA